CGCGGGCGCGUGAAUCCAGGCGCGUUCGUGCGCUUUAUUUGUCCGAGAUGACCGGAUGAGGGAAGGACACGCGCUGGUCUCGAGCAGCAGGUUCACCGGCGGACACGCGCAGGUGGAGCCCUCCAGGCCUGUAGACUCACUCAAGUACGGAUCAUGUUCUAAAGCAGACCAGCCAUGAAAAGCAUAGGGGCCAGCCACACUCGUCACUUGUCGGACUCCUGCAUGCCUGUGGCAGGUCCCCAGGAGCCGAUAUGCCCCUUGACCCCGGACCCCCAUGCGUCAUACCUCCUAAGCCCCGCCAUCAGCCAUUAUGGUACUCUCGAUCCACACAUGCACCACUUUCCGCCAACAAGCCCCAUCGCUCUGCAAGCCGACUGCCUGCUGCCCCUCAACAACCAACUGACCACCAGCAACACCUUCCCUCGCUUCCAGUUCCCCUCCCAGGUCAAUCCGACUGAGUACACUCAGCAGGGUUGCAUGUCUCAGACGGCCUCGCGCUCGGGCACCCUCACCACCUCUGCAUCUAUGGGAAUGGGCUUAGGUCUCGGACUCACGGUUCCACCUAUGAUCAGCAGCGGCACGGCAACAAUUUCCUCUGCUGCAGCAGCCAAGAUGAACCGCAUUCCGACUGGCCUGUUGGACCAGCUAGAGCACCAUGUUCCCCUGCAACGUGAUGGCUUCAGCACGCUUCAGUUUCAUAGGAGGAGUCGAGGUGCCAAGCAGCGCAGCGAGAGCCCUGGUCGUAUCCGCAACCUGGUGCACUCCGUCCAAAAACUGUUUUCUAAGACUCAGUCUAUCGAGGGCUCGAGCAGUAAGGGGUCUGUGCAGGGAGCCGAUGGCACCAAGGUUACACGCCGGUCCAAAAGUAAGGACCGUGCCAAGACAGAGGGUGCCAAGAGACGGGGACGGCCCAACCUCUCUGGGUUCUGGAGCUCAGAUGAUGCUCUGGAAGAUGAUGCAACGACUCAAGAGGCAACCGGUCCAGUGGCUGUAGCUUAUCGUAACCCACUGAGCAUGAUGACAUUGGGCAGGGCAGUGUCAGACAGCCAGGCGCCUCCCAGAACCCACGUACAGGGCUACAAUACCAUCGCUGCUCACCGUUCUCUCAAGCCUUCCAAAAGCAGUGGAGAGCUGAAAAGCCAGACAAUGUCCUCAACUGGUGGAUCAGCAGGGGAUGGCACACUGGCAAAAAGAGGCUCAUGGUCAACGCUAACACUUAGCCAGGCUCGGCAAGUGCUGCAGAAAGGCACAGCCACAGUGAACCGGACACUGCUCAAGUCUAAGUCCUACCACCAGGAGCUGACCUCCAACUUCCUACAGGUUCCUGCAGGGGAUUGGAGUGGGACGCUAGGUAAAGGUACCGGAGCAGGAGGGGAGAUUCCGUGCAGGAGAAUGCGCAGUGGCAGCUAUGUCAAAGCCAUGGGCGAUCCCGAGGACAGCGACCAGUCUGACAGCCCUCCCUCACCAAAACCCUCGCCAAAAACAGCCGCUCGGCGCCAGAGCUACCUAAAGGCCACACAACAGUCACUCAGUGAACAGCAACCACCUCUGCCACCACGCAACUGCUUGCCAUCUCUGAGAGAACUCCCCACCAACCGCAGCCUGGAUAACCUGGACUGUCUGGUGGGGCAGAGUGAUGCUCAGCCCUGGGAGAGAGAAGGGAACUUCGGUCAUGGCUCGUCCACACUCGGACGGAGUUCUGGCAUUAGCCAGAUGGAUCAGAGCUGUUUGUGUUCUGCAGCUUACUGCCACACGGACUCUCAGGCGGUAGAGGCUCUGGAUCUGCCGGCGCCGCCCUGCUUCCGCUCACGCAGCCACAGCUACCUGCGUGCCAUCCAGGCCGGCUGUUCUCAGGACGACGACUCGGACUCGGACGAACCUCCGCUGAACACCGACAGCAACACGAGCACCCGGAAUAAGACUCCGCCCCCGGUUCCUCCUCGCUCCGCCUCCAAGCCCUACAUCUCUGUGACGGUGCAGAGCAGCACGGAGUCGGCGCAGGACACCUACCUGGAGCAGCGCAGCGAAGCCAACAGCCAAUCAGGACGCAGCAACUCGUCAGACAGCGCCACCAGCUCAAGGACAAGCAGCCUGGCUAAAGCUCCUCUCCCUCUGAUACCCCAUAUCCCCGUGCACAUCCCCCUGGUGCCCCCCAUCCCCGUACCGGUGCCCAGCGCCCGUGUGAGCAGUCCUCCCCCUCCUCCUACCCGAGAAACCCAGACGGUGAGCGUAGGGUUCACGCAGGACGAACCUCGGGCCGCCGUCAGGAGGAAACUCUCCUCCAUCGGCAUCCAGGUGGACUGUGUUCAGCCCGUACUGCGAGAGGAACACACCCCCACCACCAGGUUCCAGUCUAUUGGAGUUCAGGUGGAGGACGGCAGGCCGCUGAGCCGCUUCAGCAGUAUGGCGUCCAGACAGGAGACGGCUGACGCGGAGCCUCAGGACCGGACAGACAGUAAGGUGUCAGACAUCAGCAGCGCGGCUUGCAGCACUCAGACUCUGGACUCUCCUGGCUGCUUAGGCAGAGCUCAGAAAUACUCCUUCACCAUCCCGGAGAGCGUCGAAGCGGCGCUGGACCCGUCCUCUCUCCCUCCUCCUCCUCCGUCCCUGCAAAGCGUGAGUGUGAACGGAGCGUCGGAGCAGCCCGGGGCCCCGGGGGCGUGUCUCAGGGACGGACACUGCUUCCUCCGACUGCUGCAGGCCGAGACGGGGCGCAUGGAGGCCUGGUGCCAGCAGAUGGAGCAGGAAAGCAAAGAGAAGCUGCUCUCUGAAGAAGUGCUGGGGAAGAUCCGCAGUGCGGUAGGCAGCGCUCAGUUGCUCAUGUCUCAGAAGUUCCAGCAGUUUCGAGGGCUGUGUGAGCAGAACCUGGACGUGAACGCUCAGCCGCAGCCCACUGCUCAGGACCUGGCGGGUUUCUGGGAUCUUCUGCAGCUCUCCAUCGAGGACAUCAGCACGAAGUUCGACGAGCUUCACCUGCUCAAGGCCAACGACUGGAAACUUCCAGACAGCAGCAGCAGCAAAAAGGAGGAGAAAAAGCCGGCGAGCGUGACGACGCCGAAGAAGGCACCGAAGCUCAAAGCGACCGGGCCGAAGGAGAAGAGCAGCGGAGACUCGGCCGCUGAUAAACAGAGACAGGAAGCACGGAAGCGGCUGAUGGCUGCCAAACGAGCCGCGUCCGAGCGCCAGAACUCUGCCACGGAGAGCGCCGACAGCAUCGAGAUCUAUGUCCCUGAGGCUCAGACUCGCCUCUGAGAGAAACCACACACACACUCACACACACACACACUCCUACUCACACGCUUCUGGAGCCUACAGGGACGUAGAACUCGGAACGGUACAAACGUGAGCUAUAAUAAAUAAAUAAAUAAACUGUGUGUCAGCACUGAGAUUGUUAGUGCUGCUCGAGACCUUUGUUACUCUUCUACUUGUUAUAAUGAGAAGAAUUAUACAGAGCUGUAAUUAUCUCACAGAAUAAUCUAUCCAACCCUCGCCUGUAAAUUGUCUUCAUGUCUCAGACGCCACGUCGCGUGUUUUAUGUGGGAGUGAGUUUUAAAGAAUCCGCCGCCCUUCGGUUGCCCCGCCCACCCUGGCCACGCCCGCGCCACGCCCCGCCCCACCUCCUUCCCCGGCACGCACUCAGGAUUCUGCACGUGUGCACUUGUUUUACAGCAAUGUGGUCUUCCUCUCCUCACCUUCAUCAUCAUCACUUUGUUAUUAUCGUUAUUGCUGCAGCAUCUUUUAGGGCAUUGAGGAAUGUGGAGUUUUUCGAGAGGUUAUUUUGGCACUUAUUUUGUUCACCCUGCGUUCACACCAGUACACACCAGUACACACAUCCAUCUCAUAUGAAACUUUCUCAAUGGCUUAUGAGGAAUAUUAAACUCUGGGGCUGCGGUUACAGGAAAAUACAAACAUGACAAUUAUAAAGAUUUGAUCAUGAAAGUGUCUCUCUCUCUGUCUCUCUCUCUGUCUCUCUCUCUGUCUCUCUCUCUCUGUCUCUCUCUCUCUGUCUCUCUCUCUUUCUCUCU